AUGCGAGCACAAGGGCCACCCCACUUGCAACAGCCGCACCAAUUCCAACCUCAGCCUCCUUCACAGCCUCAGCUCAGGCCUCAAGUACAAACUCAGACACAAGUGUCAGUACAAGUAAAACCUCAAGUCCAGACUCAGCAGUCUCAGUUCAAUAUACAGUUCCAGCAGCCACCUCCACAACCAAGUAAUCAGGCCCAGCUCCAGUCACAACAGAAGAUUCAGGCACCAACACAACCAAGUGUUGACACAGCUCCACUGUCCAAACCUGUGGCCCAAUAUCCACCACAACCAGAGGCUCCAUCGGCAGCUCAACCUAAGAUUCAGGCAACAACCCAUCCCACAGCUGUACAACACAUGCCUAAUUCCAGUUUGCCAGCACAGCCCAAGACUGAGUCACUAGUCAGGGUGGAAUCACAACCAAAGCCAAAGUUACAGGCUGAACCAGUACUACAAACAGAGGCUCAACCUAAAGUUCCAUCACCAACCCAACCUAAGGCUCAAUCAAUGCCACAACCUAAACCUCAGGCACAAAUGCCAACACAGACCCAACUUCCUGAUCAGUCACCUACGCUACCCAAAAACCCAUCUGCUUUACAGUCACCUCCACAGGCCAGACCUCAGACCCAGCCACCUUUACAGUCAAAACCUCAAACUCAGUCUCCUCCACAAUCAAAACCAUCAAAACCCCCACAGCCCCAAACUGCUUCCAUCUCCCAAGUCAGUGUGCUGCCUUCAUCUCAGGCUGAAUCACCAGAGCUGUGCAUCAAACCUCCAGCCCUGGCUCAGGCGCCUCCUCAGGCCUACACGGAGGCUUAUGCUAAGGCCCAGGCUUUAGCCAGAAAUGGCUUUGAGGAGGCCAAGCACUGUCUGCAGGAGCACAUCAAGGAAACCAUUAACAUCUUUCAAGACAAACGUAUAUCAGCUGAGCAAGCAUCUGUGAAAGAGGAGACAUUGAGGAUCCUUGACCCAGAGUUGCUGGAGGGGUUUCUGAGAGCAGCUGAAGGCAUGGAGGCCUUUUGUACCCCUGCAGAGCUCAGGGACAUGGAGUUUUACACCCAGUCAGUGAGGACUCAGUGGGAGGCUUGUAUCUCAGAGGAUGCUAGCUUUGCCCAGGCUGGGCAGCACCUUCAGGCCUUGAAAGAGCUGUGUGACACCCUGAGCCCUGAGGACGCUCACCGCCUGGCACAGACUCAGCUCAGGGAGUGUGAGAACAGGCUGGCAGCCAUUCAACGACAAUUCAGCGGAGACCAAGAUGCACCACUCCCUGAUUCUAGGAUUCCUGUUACCUUCAGUGAGGAUCUGAAUGCACAAAAAGAACCCACAAGACCAAGUGACAAACCUCAGGCCUCAGCUGAGGUGGUUCCAGUGUUAAAGAAGACUCUCAGUGUGGAGAGGAAGGAGGUUGAAAAGCAGACAUCCAUGGAGGAGGAAGUUCCCAAGAAGGAGGCAUUAGAAAGAUAUGAGAAUUCUAAGAGGACACUUCAAGCCCAACUGGCUAAAAAUGAGCAGAUCUUCACUGAUGUUCCCUCUGAUUCUGUCUCUCUAAAAGGCCUUCAUACAAGACUCCAGGAACUACAGUUCUUGAGACAAGAGACAGAGGCUCUGUGGUCUGAGUAUACAAACCUGUGCACCCAGUGCACUAACCCUGGUCUGGAGAAGGAGAAAGCAGAGCUUCAGGAGCAGUGGCGCAGUCAACAGGCUAACCUGCAGAAGAGAGGCAGCUCUCUGGGCGCCGCCCUUAGACAGAUUGACUCCACUGAGAACCACAUGGUGGACUUCACAGACCGUCUGGACCGCUACCUUAGACAGCCCAAAGACAUCACUGGCUUCACGCUGGCCAACACCAACAUCCUAAAAGACAUUAAGGAACUGGAUGACAACAUCCAGAGUGAGCUGGACCAGCUGUCUCGCCUGCACCCUAAAUCUAGCGAUCUGGACCCAAGGGACUGCCCUCCUCUGUCCCGCGAAGUUGAGACCCACAAAGCCAGCCUGGAUCAGCUUCGACAGCAGGUCCGCAAGAGUGAGGCAGCUGCCCGCGCCCUUGACCGCUUCCUAAUGUCACUGCGUACUGUGGAUGAAGACAUAUCUGGAGUCCAAGGUGCCCCCUGUAGUGAUGAUCAGGUACUUCGGGACUGCCGCUCCAAGCUGGCUUUGAUCAAACAAAGCAUUGACAGUCUGAAAGAAAAGACUCCUCAGCUGGAUCAGCUUCUACAAGGGGCAAGGCUGACAGUCACCAGGAAUGGAAUCCCUGCCUCCUGCCUGGACAUGGUGACAGCUCUGCUUAGGAGGCUGGAGGAGGCUGACAGUGGACUUGUCGGGCAACAGAAAGGCCUCCAGAAGGAGAUGCAGAGCAGAUCCUUGGGACUGAGGAAGAGGACUCUGCUGGGGGAGCUGAGGAAGCUGCAGAAAGCAAUCGAAUCACAAGGCCUUAAGGAGCCCACAAUGCCUGCUGUGCAGCAAAGGCUCCGUGCUCUAUCAGAUUUGGAGAGUCAGGUGCAAGCCCAGCAUUCAGAGCUCCAGAACGUCCGUGAACUUCAAGAGAAAGAGGGAGGAGGUGAAGACCUCUUUCAGGAACUGGAGGCCCAGUGGAAGGAGACUCAGAGAGCAUUUAUUGAAGGCAAGAAGCAAAGCAACCUGUUGCUAGAAAAUAUGAAGAAGUUCCAGAACUGUCGCAGCCAUCUGAGCAACACCAUGCAGAGAGCAGAGCAGACUAUCAGUGAUCAGGCUUCUUACAUGGGCAAGGACAACCUGCAGAGAAGUUUUGCCAAGGUUGGGGAUAUUAAGGCGGAGCUGGCUGGUCUUGGCGAGCCCAUGGAGGAGAUGAGGGCAGUUUGCAGGCAGCUGCAGACCCAACUAAAGAAGAUGCCAGACUGCAGUGGGGCGCCAUUUGAAGCCGAGGCUGACACACUCAUGGACAACUGGCUGGAUGUGACAGAGAAGACAGAUGCCUACAUGGAUAACCUUCGGGUGGGGCUGGAGCUGUGGGACAAGCAGCUGAUGGUAGGGGGAGAAGUUGACACCUGGGCAGGGUCCAAACUGGCUAUGUUUGCAGAAAGCCACCCCUUCCACAAUGAACAGCAAGUACUGGACAUGAGGGAUGAAAUCAACGCCAAUGAGAAGAACAUAGAACUCUUCCACAAGAAGUCUAUAGAAAUCCAGGAGAUACUGCAGAGUCCAGAAGCACCACUGGAGCUGCAGGUGAUGGAAACCCAGCUGAGGAAGAGGAUGCAGCAGGUGAAGGAGCUGUUUACCGACUGCACUGACGUCUUUGAGGAGCUGGUUGCUGUGAAGACACACCUGGCUGAGAAACUCGAAGAGUGCCAAACAGCUGUAGAGAGCAUCCAGUGUUCUCUCAGUAAUCUUGAUCCUUCAAAGCCAAAGGUGGAAGAAGAGAUACAGGAGCUGAGUGGUGAACUGGAGACUCAAGAGGAGCAGGCGGAGGCUGUGUUGAAGGAGGUGGGUCUGGUUUCCAGUGUGGCCAGUCCUCAGGUGCUGGAGGCCUUGUCUGUGGACUGUACCCGGCUUAGGGAGGCCCUCUCCAGAACCAAAGAGAUGAUCCACCUUAAGAGAGAGGAGAGGGACAAAGGCCUGCUCAAAGUCAUCAAAGAUGAAAAGCAGUCCUUCAUCGGCUGGUUCCAGGAUUUACAGAUGUCUGUUAAUGAAUGCUUUGAGAACCCUGAGAGCAAAACAGAUGUGGAAACAUCCCUGCAAAGACUCACUGGUUUCUUGAAAGCAAAGGAUGCAGAGAAACGUCUGGACCAGCUGAAAGAUCAACUGGAGAGAGGCAGCCAGCAGGUUCCACCCCAGCAGCUGUCUGAGUUCAGCGACUGGCUGAAGGAGCAGCAGGAGGAGGUGGAAACAUUCAGGACUCACUGCCUCAACAGGCAGAAACAAAUGGAGUCACUCCUCAGUGACCUGAACAGUCUGCAGAAACAGCAUGAUAGCUUCAGGGAUUGGCUGCAGAUCAAAGAGAAACAGUCAGUGGAGUCACACAAAGCUAAAGUUCUCCUCAAAGAUCUUCAGGAUGGGAGUGGCAGAGCUGACUCCCUCAGUGAGAUUCUAGCUUCAGUACGCAGACAAGGAGUCAGAGCUGAAAGCCUCCUGAAAGACGGCGAUAACUUGAUACAACGCUACAGAAACCUGAAGGAGAGGCUGCAGAAGCAGGCGGACACCCAGAAUGCCCUGGAUGGAGAAGUGGACAAGUUUAACUCUCAGGCUAAAAGCACAAAGACCUGGAUAACUAAUCUGCUGCAGCCCCUCUCCUCCUCUGGCAAAGACACCAAGACAGAGGAGAUAAAGAAGAGAGCACAGGCUGUCCUGAGCUCUAAGCCUGAGGGUGACUCUAAAAUGAAUGACCUGAGAAAAAAAAGUCAAAGUCUGUGUGAGCAGGAGGGUAUGGAGGAGAGCAGGAAACAAGACAUCCAGCGAUCAGUCAGAGAAACAGAGGAACAGUGGAGAACGGCUCUGCAGACAGCUGAGCAGUAUCUCAACAAGGCUGAAACAAAGGCUGUGUUAGAGAAGGACCUCAGCUCUUUUAUAACCAAGAAUGAAGAAGUUCAAGCAUGGAUUAAAGACAAGGAGCAAAACCUGAAGUCCAUCAGUGGAUGCAUGCAAAUUGAAGAAAAGCUUCCUGUUGCAGAGGCUGUCCUCAACUCCAAGCCUGUUGGAGAUUCAAAGCUUCGGGAUCUAAAGCAGCAAUGCCAGAGUCUGUGUGAUAACCAGGGACUGGACGAAAGGAGGAGACGAGAGGUUCAAGAUGCUGUUAAGAAGACUGAGGAGCAGUGGAAGAAUGUCCAACAGUCUGCUCAGAAGGCUCUCGACAAGACAGGGACUGAAGUUGCUGCUAGAAAGGAUUAUGAUGCUUUCAAAAGCCAAAGUGAGGAUGCUCAGUCCUGGAUGAAAGAGCAAAAGCAGAAACUGUUGGCCCUCAGUAGUCAAAUGCCAUGUGAAGAAAGGUUACAGGUUGCACAGGCUGUUUUGACCUCCAAACCUGAGGGAGAGUCCAAACUUCUUGCUCUGAAGAAACAAGCUGAGAGUGUAUGUGAGCACCUGGAGGAGAGCAGGAAGCCAGAGGUUCAGCAGCUGGUAAAAAAUGCUGAGCAGCAGUGGAGAAAUGUUCAGCAGGCUGCCCGACAGGCAGAGCUCCGAGGUCUGUCUGACGACUUCGACUCUCAGGGUAAAAACACUCAGUUGUGGAUCAGGGAGAGAACACAGAAGCUGCAGUCUGUGGGCAGUCAAACACCAGCUGAGGAGAGGAUUAACACAGCUCAGACCAUCUUGAGCUCAAAACCAGAUGGUGACUGUAAAGUGAACAACUUAAGAAGACGAGGCCAGAGUGUAUGCGACCAUCCGGAUGCAGAUGAAAGCAGGAAAAAACAUGUUCAGCAGACAGUUAAAGACUCAGAGGAUCAGUGGAGGAACGUCCUGGGGGCUGCGAAACAGGUCGAAGCUGCCGCUGGUGCUGAAAAAGCCAAGAAGGCUGAGAAAAUAAAGUCAGAGUUGAAAGAAUUUGAUACCAACCAGCAGGACAUCAACAAGUGGCUGUCAGACUUCCAGAAGCGAGUGGACUCACUGAACAGCCAACCUAAAGCUAAGGACAAACUACACGCAGCACAGACCAUCGUAAGCUCCAAGCCUGAUGGAGACUCCAAACUUCAGGAACUCAAGAGACAAGGUCAGAAUGUUUGUGCUCAGGACCUCGAGGAAAACAAAAAGCAAGAGGUUCAACAAAAAGUAAGAGGUCUUGAGGAGCAGUGGAUGAGAGCCCUGCAAAAUGCUAAACAAGCCCUGGAUCAAGCUGAGAGGCAGUGUGCUCUGGAGGGCCAGCUAAAGGAAUAUGAAGCCUUGAAGGAGAAGACCAAAGCCUGGCUGGAAGACAAGAGGAAGAGUCUUGUCUCUGUGGACAGUCAGACAGAUCCAGAAAAGACAAUAAACACUGCACAGUCUAUUCUGAGCUGUAAGCCUGAGGGAGACUCUAAGCUGACCGAGCUGAGGAGACUGAGUGAGAGUCUGUCUGACCAGGAAGACCUGGAGGAGAACAUGAGACAAGAGGCUCAGCAGACUGUUAAAGACUCAGAGGAACAGUGGAAGACAGUCCUGCAGUCUGCUGAGAGCACUCUGAAGAAAGCUGAGGCCCAGUACUCACUGUCUAGGGAGCUGGAGGGCUUUGGCACCCAGGCAGAGAGCACUAAAUCCUGGGUUAAAGAGCUGCAGAAACAGGCUGAGUCCAAGGGGAGAGGAACUCAGGGAAACCGGGCUCAGCUAGAGGACAGGCUGAAUACAGCACAAGUCAUCUUAAACUCCAAGUCAAACGGUGACUCUCAAAUGAUGGAGCUAAAGAAACGAACCAAGAGUCUGUGUGAGCAAAAAGAUUUGGACAAAAACAAGAAAAAGGAGGUUCAACAGACAUUUAAAGACACUGAGCAGCGGUGGAAGACAGUCCUGCAGGCUGCAGGGGACACGCAAAGACAGUUGAAGGGUGUUGUGGAUCGUCUGGUGUCCUGUGAAAACCAGCGCAGUCAGGCCGAAGCUCGUCUGUUUGAUCUUCAGAAGCAAACAUCCAGCCUGCCUCGUGAGUUCCCAUGGCCUGGGCUCGGAGAGAGGAGGCAGGCAGUGGAACAGGCCAGGACCCUGCUGGAUCAGAGUGCAGCUUUGGCCCCUGUUCUGUCAGACAUCCGUAAACAGUCUGCAGAGCUGUUUGAGAUUACAAAGGACCCUGGUCUGUCAGAUUCCCCAUUGGCAGCCAAACAGGACUCCAUUCCUGCUAUGCUGAAAGAGCUGACUGAUGCAGUGGCGGAUCUGGAGCAGGGCAUCCAGGCAGAGAGGCAGUGCACUCAGCUGGUGGAGCAACAUGAAGCAGCACAGGACUGGCUCAGGGAGCAUGUCAAAGGCCUGAGUGCUCCACCUACUGACAGAAAGGAUCUGCACAGCGCUAUCAACACACUGAAGGCCUUGCUCCAAACAGCGGACAGAGAGAAGAGAGAGAUGAAAGAGCUGGACUCUGCUAGAGACAGUCUGCUGAACCUCUGCACAGCUGGAGGCAGGGCUGCUCUGACCCUAGAGGUCAGCCACCUUCAUGACCUCUGUGAUGCCUCAGAGCAGGAGGUGAAGGAGCGUCUGGCUACCUGUGAGACUCGUCUAGCUGAGCUUGAUGGUCAGGUAGCCAAGAGGGCACAGGGGCUAAAGGAGAGAGCUGCAGCCCUGCAGUGGGAGCUCCGUUCUCUGGACCAAGCACUCAGUUACAGCGAACCACAGGACAACAUCGCUCAGCUCCAACAGCACUGGAACAGCCUCAAGCAGAAAUGCAGAUACUACUAA